AUGCUUAACGGCACCUGUCUAUCUUCUGUCAUUGCGGCGCUGAAUUCACAAACCCCCACUGAGGAGCAUCACAAUACAUACCAACAAGAGCCACCUGCCGCCAUCUUGCCUGCUGGACUCGGAGAAGAUGGGGGCACAGACUUUGAGGUUGUCGAUGACCCAAUGUCAGUCCUCACACAUGUAGAACUCGCUAAUACACCACAAGGGACAAAGCGUGCACAAUGCAUUCCAGAGCUUGGUGCUGAGCUUAAUGUUCCCCACCUGGCCGAGCUUGUUCAAUGGUUCCUUUUCGAACAGUCUAAUCCCUAUGAUGCUCGUGACCCUACCGAAAUCACUCUCUUAGAGUCCCCAUACUAUCUGGGUCGAAUUUCAGUAUUUAACUCUGCAUCAUCGACAUUUCAUGCACCCAGUGACCUUAGUGGUGUUGGUGGCAUGAAGCGCAAAUAUAUCCGUGCAUGUACCUUAUGGAGAAAUGAAUGUGCGCGCAAUGAUUGUGUUUUUGUGAUUACCGAUCCAGACAAUCAUGGGAUGGGAGGCAUGGAUGUUGUGCGUGUUAUGGCGUUCUUCUCCCUUCGACACCACGGCAGACGAAUUCCAUGUGCAGUGAUCCGCUGGUUCAACCGAGUUGGUGAUGCACCUGAUCCUGACACUGGUAUGUGGAUUGUCAAGCCAGCUUUUUCUGCAAAUCGCACCCCACACUUUGCGGUGGUUCAUAUUGACACUAUUUUUUGUGCGGCUCAUUUAAUUCCAGUCUAUGGUACAGCACCGCUCUCACCUAGUGAUGCGGAGGUUCGGUUCUGA